AUGCUCAGACUGACAGGAUUCUCACGACAGCUAGUUCGCCACUCGUGGACGGCAUAUCGCACAACUACAUUUCCAACUUACCGUUUGUUUUCGCAGACCGCACUCAGAUUUCAUGGCCAUAUAAAGAAGCCAAAGCCCGGAGAAGAGCUCCAUGUAACCUUCAUUCUGAAGGACGGGACACAAAAGACUUUUGAAGUCAGUGAAGGAGACACAUUACUAGACAUUGCCCAGGCUCAUAACCUCGACAUGGAGGGAGCAUGUGGAGGUUCGUGCGCAUGUUCGACGUGCCAUGUGAUCGUGGACCCCGAGUACUAUGAUGCCCUGGAAGAGCCAGAUGACGAUGAAAACGACAUGCUAGACCUUGCUUAUGGACUAACUGAAACCAGUAGACUGGGCUGUCAAAUUAAAAUGAGUAAGGCGAUAGAUGGUAUAAGAGUGGCAUUACCGGCCAUGACACGUAACGUCAGCUCCUCAGAUUUUGAAUGA